AUGUGCACAGUGCUGAUACUUCUGCUCCUGCUCUGCACUUCCUCCCGGCUGGAGCCUGUCGAAGGCGUCCACAACAUGAGUUUGCUGAGGUCCGUUAUGAGCGUCAUCGCUAGACGAGAGAACUGGAAAAAUACGCCAAUCUUCGUGGGACACAGGACAAAACGGGAUGAUAUCAACAGUCUGAUAACUUGGCUGCAUCGAGCCAUGGAAGUCACAAGUCACACGGUGGAUGCAUCCAUUUCGGCGCGCAAGACUAAACCAUUUGGCCAUUACAACAUGAACGCGGACAACGCCGUCAGUCUGUUCUUCUGCCACAGCAACCAGGAACUGAUUUGGUACAAUCUAAACAGGAGUCUUCGUAGGAUGCGUCCUGUUCGAUUGAUUGUGGCCUUGCCCAACCAACGAAGUGGUUCCUACAAAGCAUUGCUGUCCGUAUUCAAAAAGCUCUGGCACUACCAGUUUCUCAAUGUUUUGGUCUUGCACAACGAGCAGAUCUACUCCUAUACUCCUUAUCCGGCUGUGCGCUUCUACAACGUGGAUAUUCAUUCGUACCCGCUGUUUCCCCCGGCAGCGAGGAACUUCAAGGGCUAUGUUGUGUCCACCCCAGCGGAGAACGAUAUUCCGCGUGUGUUUCUUUUCCGUGACCAGCGCACAGGAAAACGACUGAUACGAGGCUACGGCUUUCGGACCUUUAUUGAGUACUUGAAUCGCCAUAAUGCCACACUGCAGGUGACCAAUCCGAACCAGGAUUUCGGCCCAACAAGUAAUGUCAAUAUGAGCCGCAUAAUCCAGCUGAUAAUGGAGGGUCAAUUGGAGAUCUCCAUGCAUCCGUAUGUGGAUGUACCGGAAGAGAUGGGCGACUACAGCUAUCCCCUGGUCGUCGCCAGGAAUUGUCUGAUUGUCCCCGUGAGGAACGAGAUUCCGCGUCACAUGUACCUACUGCUGCCCCUCAACCGCUGGAGUUGGUUGCUUCUUCUUGGGGGAGUGUUCUACAUCAGCGCCGUACUUUACUGGAUUAAUCCCGGGCACGAAAAUAGCGCCUGGCAUCAACGCGUUGGCUUGAACUUUCUGGAUGGUCUCAGCCGGAUACUUUUUAUCUCUUCCCCCACAAGUGUGCAAAGGCCGUCUGUUCGCUACUUCCUAGUCACGGUGCAGCUGACGAUCUUGGGGUUUGUUCUGACCAGCUGGUACAACAUUCAGUUGGACAGCUUCCUCACCGCAUUGGUGGUGGGUAAGCAAGUGGAGAGCAUGGAGGACCUGAUCGAGCAGCAACAACAGGUUUUGGUGAAGCACUACGAAGCUAGCACUCUCCUACGCCACGUAGAACCCCAACUCAUCAAUGAAGUGGCCAGCCUGUUGGUGGGCGUUAAUUCCAGUGAACAGGUCUCGGCCCUGCUCAGCUUCAAUCGCAGCUACGCGUAUCCCUUCACCCUGGAGCGCUGGGAGUUCUUUUCCCUGCAACAGCAAUAUGCCUUCAAGCCGAUCUUUCGAUUCUCCUCGGCUUGUCUGGGAUCGCCCAUUAUAGGCUAUCCGAUGCGCAGCGACUGCCACCUGGAGUCAUCUCUCAGCAUGUUCAUUAUGAGGAUUCAGGCCACAGGGCUUCUGCAGCACUGGUUUGUGUCCGACUUUAACGAUGCGAUGCGGGCUGGCUAUGUGCGCCUGUUGGACAAUGUCCUCGGAUUCCAAGCCCUAGAUGUGGACACUUUGCGGCUUGGCUGGUUUGUCCUCGGAGGCGGUUGGCUGCUGUCCUUAUUGGUAUUCAUAUUCGAGCACUUACAGCUGAACACAGGGCGUUCUAUCUAA